GCGUAAUAUAAACAUUUAAGUUAACAUAAAAUAGAUACUACUAUGUAUAAUAAUAAAUAAUUAGAAUUGCAUAAAGUAUCACACUUUAAUAGAGCUGAAAAUUUUUCUGGUAUAAAUGUAUAAUGGUAUAAUUGAGUAUUAUUCCAUUCCAUUUCAUACUCCGUAUAUAGAAGAAAAAAAGUUUUCAAUAAUUCAUUCAUUUAUUUGUUUUGUUUUUUUGCUAUGGCGACUCUAUAAUUCCCAAACAUGAACCAUGGGCUGUUUUCUAACCACUCCAUCAAUAUUGCAUAUAAAACACCUCUGCAACACUGACCAUUUGGACUUGGAGAAACCACCAAAAAUCCCAUCUUUCAUAAAAACUCUUCCAAGGAGAACCAAUAAUCCCCUCUUCUUAGCCACCAUGUUGCUAGGCAAAAAGCUGAACCCGAUGAUCGGAAAAUUCGCCGGCGUACCGGUUUCCGGCACUGCCAAUGAUGGUUCAACCAGCCCAAGAAGUCCUCUGGACCGGAAGGUUCAAUCAGCAAGAUGCCCAAAAAGUUACGAUCUUGGCGGGGUUGGACUGGCUAUAGUAGCUGCCCUUGAACAAUCCGGUGAAAUUCCGGCCGGUAUGGUGGUGUACAGCCGGAAAUCGAAACGGUCCGUCCCAAUUCCGGUGAACCCAGGUCGGAUUCCGGCGAGGGUCGUCUCUGAACCCAGCAGCCUGGAAGAAGAGUACACCAUAGUCACCUGCCGGCGCGGCGCCGACAACCAGACGUACACCAGAGUCUACUGCGACAACGGCGAGGUCUCCAGUUACAGAAACCCGGCGAGAAGUCAUCGGCCGAGCUUCUUCACCAUUUCUCCGGCGAGAUUUGCAGAUACUCCGGCAUGCCCGAACUCAGAUUUCCUCAAUUCAUGCCAUUUAUGCCACAAAAAGCUCACCGGCAAAGAUAUAUACAUGUACAGGGGAGAAAAGGGUUUUUGCAGCACGGAAUGUAGAUAUCGGCAGAUAGUGAUGGACGAGCGCAAAGAAAAUUGCAGCUUGGAGAUUUCUGGGUCGCCGUACAAAAAUGAUCAGCUGUUUUCGACCGGAAUUCUGGCCGUCUGAUGAUCGGAAUUGCUCCGGCUACUUUUUUUUAAUUAAUUUUUUUUGGGGAUUAUGUAAUAUUGUUAUAAAUUAAUGUUAUUAUAGAGAUGUAAAUGGGGGUGAUGGGUAUAUAAAGUAUAACUUCGGAAUACUUCUAUACACGCCUGAGAAAUGCGAUGAUAAG